GCAAACAUUUUAAUUCCCAAACCAUGAAAUGCAAGUCGACUUUAACUCUCAAUAGAGUACACUUGCAAAGUUAACGAUUUUGUGUGAACUUGAUCAAACGUAUCAUAAUUGAUCAAUCGGCAAGUUGCGAUGUUGGCCCUUCCUUAAAAUUGGGCGGUUGGGAGGCUACUGACGCCUACAGUGCUAUAUAAAGAGCGCGUUACUGCGGCCGUGAAUAAACCAUUUUUCUCGGCAAUAUGGUUAACCUGAAGGCGAAUUGAAAACUAUUUACACGACCAGUUAUCUUCACCAGAUAAUCUAAAUUCAACCAACGUCACAAUGAGUAAGGACACAGAGGUUGACAUGAAGGAUGUGGAGCUCAAUGAUAUGGACCAGGAGAAGCAGCCGAUGACGGGCGGGGCAGCGAACGGGGAUGCUGGUUCUCCCACCUGCACGGAGAAGAACGGCAGCGUUAAAGUGAAAAUCCCCGAGGAGACGGAGACUAAAUUUACCGGUUUAUCCAAAGAGGAACUCCUCAGGGUCGCUGGAACACCAGGGUGGGUCCGGACAAGAUGGGCCCUUCUGAUUCUGUUCUGGCUGGGCUGGCUGGGGAUGCUGGCUGGAGCUGUGGCCAUCAUUGUUCAAGCACCUCGCUGCAAAGACAUUCCUGCCAUGAACUGGUGGAAUUAUGGACCUCUGUACCAAAUUGGAAAUGUGCAAGCUUUCAGCGAGUCCCAGAAUCUAAAGGGUGUGGAGGACAAGAUUGACCGUCUGAGCCAGCUGAGGGUUAAAGGUCUGGUCAUUGGGCCCAUCCAUGUUGCCCCCUUAGACAACCUUGUGAGCCUGAACUUUGAGGAGAUCUCCUCUGACGCUGGCAAUCUGGAACAGUUCAAAGGCCUCAUUACAGCUGCACACAAGAAGAGCAUCAAUGUGGUCCUGGAUCUGACUCCCUACUAUCUGGGAAGUGGACCAUGGUUCACUAACGUUAGUGUCACAAACGUUGCUGAGAGACUCAAGUCUGCCCUGGUGUUCUGGCUGAACCAAGGUGUGGAUGGGAUCCAGCUGUCUGGUGUAGAGCGUGUGGCCAGCGUAGUUCCGUCUCUUUGGGCUGACAUUCGAGCCAUUGUCCAGAAUGGGACUGAGGGAAAGAGAAGGAUUCUGAUUGGAGUGACUGAGAAGACCUCUGCUGUUGGAGUCUCUGAACUGCUUAACUCCACUGGGGUGGACCUACUCCUAUCCGGGGCCCUCAGGUCUAAGAGCAUGACCGCUACAGAUCGUGCGCAGACUGUCCAGCAGCUGCUCUCUUCUCACAACCAGACCCAGCUGGCCUGGAACAUUGGGGACAGGACGGAGGGUCACCUGGCCACACUGGUGGGCCCAGACAUGGUGAACUUCAACCAGAUGCUCCUGCUCACACUGCCCGGAACCCCAGUGUUCAACUAUGGGGAUGAGAUUGCCCUGGCUGAUGCGGAUACAAAGUCCCCUACGAUGCUGUGGGAUCCACUCGAAGAUGAGGAGACAAAUGGAACUGCUAAGGAGGAGAAAGAACAGAGGCUCUCCUGCCGUUCCUUCUUCAAGACUCUGAGUGAACUGCGUGGAAAAGAGCGUUCCCUGCAGCAUGGGGACUACAUUCCCCUCUUCAAUUCCACCUCUGCCCUUGCUUACCUUCGCCAGUGGGACCAGAGUGGGCGCUAUGUCGCUGCCUUCAACUGGGGCAGCGACGCAGUGAAACUUCAGCUGUCCCACCCUGACCUGCCUGCUCAGGCUGUGGUCCAGAUGAGCACAGACAUGGUCAACCUGGUCCCCGACAGUACUGUUGCACUCUCUGAGUUGGAGCUAGGCCCAGGCCAGGCUGUCCUGCUACAGUUCCCCUACAUAGCCUAGAAAGAGGAGAGAUCCCAGCACCAUCUGUGUGGGCACUGAUAAACUAGUUGUCACUUAUUUUUUUUGUAUUUUUUUUAGGGAAUUCUGUUACUUUAAGAGAAAAAAGUCUACGAGUCAGUCAUUCAAAUCGCCAUAGCAUUUUAGCAUGCACUCGAUCAAUAUAUUUUACUUGGAACUUUUAGAACAUAAACUGCUGUGAAUUAGUCCUGUAUUCUAGAAUACUGUGUUGGUCAGGCCUACAAACAGCUGUGUACACAUUGCAAGCACCAGUCAACACUUCUGCAACUAUUGUUCUAUCUUGCUGUUACUGAAAAUACAUUCCAGACCAUGAAAUGCAAUGCUUGAAUUUAUAAUUUUAAGAAAUGUAUUUUAUUGCCAUUUUAAAUCAAAUUUAAAAAAGUUGUUUCUUUUCAGGCCAUGGUUGGCCCCUUACUGAAAUGUUGUAAUUGUUUUCAAAAUAUUUCUCAAGUGUUUCAAGAAUGAUCAAUUAUCUGAUUACUUUGGCAGCAGAAGGUGUAAAACAUAUCAAAGGUGGCGGGGCUUAAACUCUUUCCUCCUACUAAAUUAAAUUGGCAUGAUAUAAAAGGUGGGGGGAAAUAACCAACUGAAUACAACCUUUUACUAGUCUGUUUUAUUUAGGCUAGAAUGUGCUUCCAAUGGUGUGGGGAAAUCUAAGCCUGAGGUUUAACAUUAAAGCUAGCCCUCUGCACUUGAA